AGACCCCCGGGAUGCUGAAGAUGCUGUGCUUGGCCUCGACGGGAAGAUAAUAUGCGGCUCCAGGGUCAGGGUGGAAGUAUCCACAGGGAUGCCGCGCCGCUCCCGCUACGACCGGCCCCCUGCCCGGCGCCCCUUCGACCCCAACGACAGAUGCUAUGAGUGUGGUGAGAAAGGCCACUAUGCCUAUGACUGUCACCGCUAUAGCCGGCGAAGGAGGAGCAGGUCCCGGUCCAGAUCCCGCUCGAGGUCCCGAGGAAGAAGGUAUUCCCGGUCAUGCAGCCGCAGCCGUGGUAGGAGAUCCAGGUCGGCUUCCUACCGCAGGUCCCGGUCGAUGUCUCCUCGUAGAUACAGAUCGUUCUCACCCCGCAGGUCCCGCUCUGGCUCUCUGAGAAGGUCAAGAUCUAGGUCCAGAUCACGCUCCAGGUCCCGGUCUGUUGUAUGGCCUCGCAGCAGGUCUGAGUCUCAUGGUAGAUCUAAAUCUGGCUUACCUGCUAAAAGCCGCUCAAAGUCCAGAUCACCAUCUCCAAAGAGAAGUCACUCACCAUCAGGAAGCCCUUGAAGGAAAGAAAGUCCUAAAAGAAUGGGUUCAAAUUUAAGAAGUUUAGUAAAAAAAUUAUUUUGUUUACAUUAUAAGGGAUUUUGUGAUGUAAGGGCUUAGUCCUAGAAGGCUGUUUCUAUUGACUAGCAAUUGGCAUGAAUCUCUGUAUUCUAAAAGUCUUGUUAGCAGACUAAUACCAAACUCUUUUGUUGUGUUUGUGUUCUGUGAUCUGAAAAUGUUGGGCUUUUUUUUUUUUAUUGGUGCAUUGAAAUAAAUUUCAUUUCUAACUAAGAAA